GAGUAAGCCACACACAUACACACUCAUAAAACAUUACAAACAUUUACACAGGUAACAGCAACCCCUUACCACAGCACAUGUGGCAAUCUGUCACACCAAGGACCAAGGAGGAAAAGCAGCAGCAGCAAAGGGAAGGCCAACACCUUGUCUGCCAGCUUAUAUCACUUUGUGAUUUUGGACUCUCGAUGUGAAAAAGGAAUCUUUGUUGGUUAUGAUAAGAAUAGCCCUGCAUAUCUAGUCUUUAAUCCAGACUCAGGAAAAGUAACCAAAAACAGGUUGGUGAAGUCCAUCGCAAAGAGUGUCAAUGAGUGUCACACUCGGACAGAUCAGGAAGGUAGUGAAGGUAGUGAGUAUGUUUUGCAUAGGGAGAGAGUUGAAACUCACUUACCAUAAACUGACAUGACAAAAUCAACUCUCCAGGGAAAAGAAGCAGAGGUGUGUGACCCAAACACCAACACAGGUGAAGGGGAGAGUGAUAGACGUUAUCCAAAGAGGGAGAGGAGACGUCCUCAGUAUUUAAGUGACUAUGAGUGUGAGGUAAAAUGUGAUGACGACCAUGUACUAACCAGUAUUGAUUAUUGUUAUAGAGUCAUGCACGAUGUACCCCAAACACUGAGGGAGGCUAUCAGCUCACCAGAGUCAGAACAGUGGAUUAAGGCUAUGCAGGAGGAGAUUAAUUCUUUGAGGGAAAAUGAUACCUUUACCCUAAGAGGCCGUUUACACGUACACGGUGAUUUUGAUAAACGGAGACAUCUUCCUUCGUUUGUGCCCUUCGUUUACACGCAAACGGAGAUUUCUCCUCUGAAAACGAGUCUUUCUAAAAACUCCAGCCAGAGUGGAGAUUUUGGAAAACUCUGGUUGCGCGUUUGCAUGUAAACGGAGAUAAACGGAGAUAAACGGCAGUCGACGUCACAGUAUGGGCCAGAACUUGCGCCUGUGUCAAAAGUGUGACCUAUGUUGCUAUGGUGACAAUGGAUACAUGGAAGGCUUGAGCUUCUCGUUACACUGCCACCUACAGGUUUGGCGUGCUCUUGUGUAUAUAUACAGGGAUAAGUGUAAACGAAGAUCUUUUUGAAAACGGAGACAGUGAAAUGUCCGUUUAUGAAAAUAGCCGGCAACGUGUAAACGGCCUCUAACAACAUUGCCAGAAGGUAAGCAUGCAGUAGGCAGUAUAUGGGUUUACACAGUCAAAGAAAACCCAGUUGAGACAACAUAUAAAGCUAGAUAUGUGGCAAAAGGUUAUAGUCAAGUUGAGGGGAUUGACUAUAAGGAGACCUUUUCGCCAACUGCUGAUAUGACAUCGGUACGUAGCUUAAUGCAGCUUGCAGCUCAAUAUGAUUUAGAACUGCAUCAAAUGGAUAUAAAGACUGCAUAUUUGCGAGCCCCUAUUAACUGUGAGCUAUAUAUGGAACAGCCAGAAGGAUUUGAGGUUAAGUCAGAGACAGGUGAGAAACUAGUCUGUAAGCUUAACAAAUCACUUUAUGGUUUGAAACAGUCAGGACGGAAUUGGAAUAAAAUGCUACAUGAUUUCCUAAGUCAAAAAGGUUUUAUCCAAAAUCUGGCUGACCACUGUGUUUACAGUAAACAAACUGAAAGUGAGAAAAUAAUAUUGAUAAUUUGGGUCGAUGAUCUUAUUAUUGCAGCGAGUGAUAGUCAAAAGCUCAGAAGUGUGAAAGAAAUGUUGAGUGAAAAAUUCAAAAUGAAAGACCUUGGUAAACUUAAACACUUCGUAGGCAUUGGUUUUGCACAGGGAGAAGGUGAAAUAAAAAUGAGCCAAAAAGGUACAUUACAAAGAUUUUGGAGAGGUUUGACAUGACUCAUUUCAAAUCUAGAUCAACCCCAUGUGAAAGCAAAUUGAAAUUUGACAAUGAAGGUGAACCUGCUGAUCCAAAAAGGUAUCGGGAAAUGAUUGGCAGCUUGAUCUAUGUAAUGACAUGUACUAGACCAGAUUUAAGCUUUAUUGUCAGUAAGCUGUCACAACAUUUAUCAGAACCAAAAGAACAACAUUGGGUAGCAGCAAAGCAUGUGUUGAGAUAUUUAAAGGGGACUGUGAACCAGGAAUUAUGUUAUAAGAAAAAUGGUGUGAAUCUUAAUCUUGUUGCAUUUAGUGAUGGUGACUGGGCAGCAGGUCAAAAUGACAGGUGAAGUACAGCUGGUUAUUGUUUCAGUUUGUCUGGAAUAGGUCCUGUUAUUUCCUGGAAAUCUAAAAAACACACACUUGCUUUAUCCACAUGUGAAGCAGAAUACAUGGCUUUGGCAGCUGCGACACAGGAAAGCCUGUAUCUUGUUCAGCUACUGAAUGGAAUGUACAAUGGGUGUGAGUACACACCAGUGACAAUUUAUGAGGACAAUCAAAGUGCGAUUGCUUUGUCCAAGAACCCUGUACAGUAUGUCAUCUAAGGUGUAAACAUGUUGACCUCGAGUUCCCUUUUGUUUGAUCUGCACUUUAUGAUGGGAAAAUAACUAUUGAAUAUUGUCCAACAGCAGACAUGGUGGCAGAUAUUUUAACUAAACCUGUAACUAAAACCAUGCUUGAUAGAUUUGCCUGUUUUAUUUUUGGUGUAAAGGGGUAAACAUGAAAUGAAAAUAAAUUGUGUAAAUGUAUGUGACAUUGUAUAUUGAUAUUCAGUAUAAGAGCAAGUGGGGGUGUUGAAUAUUGCUCUUGUGCUCUUACACUGACUAGGUUGUCUGGAGAGGGGGUGUGGUGAUUAGGUAGCAGGUGUCGCAAAUCAAUAAAUGAACUCUUGCCCCUGGUCUAGGUGUGUGCAUGCCGGUAAAACAGAACCGAUGGCUGUGUGUGUUUAUUCCUCUGUUAGUUAAACAUUUGAGUCAGCGUUCCAGCCCUUUCUAUGAUGGCAGCUCCUGCUCCAACACAGGCGCUGGGAGUGUGGCCUGUCUGCAACGUGCCAAACAGUGUAGAGAAAACACUAAUUUAUACAUAAAACUGCUUUAUUCAGGGUUUUUGGGUCAGUGACAAAUGAGGGUUGGCAAGAUGAGCGAUUCAGAAAUAUCUUCAAAGAUAGUUUUCAAAGCAUGCACCAGAUUUGUUAAAAUGUACAUUCUGUAUUUUUGUUGGUUUCAUGUCAUUUGAAAUGACAUUUGCACCAUUUUUUAUGAAAAGUAAGACUGAAUGCUCCUGAAAAUGUCAAAUGGUUUAACCACGAAAGAAUGAUAAAUAUUAAAUAUUUUAUCCACCUACAGUAGAUUUAAGUGUAGUUAUAAAAAGAAAUCUUUAUUUCAAAAGCAAUAAAUUGAAAUAAGAUAUUUUAUUGCAUUUUGGCAAUACUGAGCAGGACAUUUCCUGAAAACACCCCCCUUUUUUUCUAAAUAACGCUUGACAAAUUAUUUAAAAUUUGUUAAAAAACACAGUGUUGCACUACAAAAGUGGAUUACAUUUAUUCCACAUUUUACCCCUGGACCCAGGAGGUUAGAGAGCCCAGGUCCCUCUCCAGCAUCCUGAACCCCCCCGCCUGAAGGUCCAGGAAGGGCUGGUCCUGUGGCUUCACCCGGCCCGUCUGGACGGGCUCAGACGGAACUCUCAUUAUACCUUCGCGCGGCGCAUUUAAGGGCGAGGAGAGGGGCUCAUUUGAUUGAUGUGUGUAAAACCCACUCCACGCCUUCUCUCCUCCCUCCUUCCAACUUGCGCAGGUAGAAGGGACGGAGGUGGGAAAGAGGAGUAGCUGCGCCAGCAUGCACGGUGUGCCAAACUUGCAAAAUCCGCCUGGCCACACCCAGUUGGCGAAGUGCAAGUGCGCUGCGCCCCCGCCUCACCCGGUCUGCGAAACUAGAGGCCAGAGUGUUUUUGCACUUGCAUCUGUGUUCACACCAAAAGGUGUUCAUUAUCUGCAGCUGCUGCUCAUCAUUACUGCAGACAGCCUUCAAUCUUUAAUCCAAUAACGUGAGACCUCUGAAAGGUUGCAGUUCAUAUUGUUACCACACAGGGGCACUAGUUCCCUACAGACUAGAAAUGCAGAAUACAAAUGUAACAUUUACAACUGCAGUUUUACAUCAGCACUCUAUUAUGAAAAAGAGCAAAUGUAUAGUCCUGUGAGAUAGAAACCCUUAAGGUUCAUCUAUGCAAGAAAUACCAAAGCUGUUUUCAUAAUUCAUUAGUAUUGGGAUCAAUGAUUUCAGAUCUAAACUGGAAGUUAAAGCAUUUCCAAAUGAAAUUUAUUCUUAGUUUCUAUUGGGGCAAUUAUUGUAUUUCCAAAUGAAGUGACUGAAAAAUCUGGUGAUGACACAACUGAGCUUUAACCAUAAACUCUUCAGGUUACAUCUUAACUUUUAUAAGCAAGUUACCAAAUACACACGUUGCAGCAAUGAUUGUGUGUCGGCAGGUUGGGGCUGUUUAUCAGCUAUCGUCUGUCUUUCUAGAGUGUAUCUUCUCCCUUCUGUCAAAACACAAGUUCCUGAACUUCAGCUGCGUUACACGAGGGAAUUGAUGUAUCCACCAUCUAUUUAUAAGACAGAGAGCAGGUGUGCCGAUACACAGAGGCAAAGUGAUUGGUUGGGAUCUUCAGAAGACUAUUUGUGCUUGUGUAAAUACACACACACACACACAGACACACAGACACACACACACACACACACACACAAGAAACAUGCUUGCAUAUGCAAACAUGAAAAUAAUGCAUUCACACAUUCACACACACACACACACACGCACACACACACAUACAUUGAUCUACAUACAUGAAACCUUUUCACAGCGCUGGGGCAUGCAUGCCCACAAGACAAAGGCAUUCCCAUACAAUGCAUACAUUCAGACAAUAAAAGAUUUACAGCUGGCACACACACACACACACACACACACACACACUUUCAAACACUCAUUUCCAUCCAAGCAACUCAAACACAUUUCCAUCUGUUGUCAAAUGAAAGGGAGACAUGAUGCUCUUCACAAUACCAGUUUCUUCUCCCCUGAGGGUAGAGCAGAUCCACACCCACAACCAGAUCCUCUGAGCAACACUUGACUCAAAUGAUCCUCAGCACUCAACAACACAUGUUGCCUUAAUACUAAUGACUCCACACACAGCUUUAAACAUCAUGGAAACAACUACUCAUAGAACCACCUGUGACCACAUUUUGUGUGAGGUCAAAGUGGUGCCAAAGUAAUGUCUAGAGUCAGAAGAACCUGUACCCACAGUAAUUUAUAACCUCAGAAAAGAGAACUUCAUUUCAUGAGAACUGAGGGUGGGAGGAAGAUAACCUUGUUUGCAUAUGCUUUUUAUUGUGGUCAUUUGCACCUCCCUCAAGUGAGACUGAAAGCACUGCUGCAACCUCAAAAAGGAAGUAGGCCUGCUUAUGGACUACAAAAUAUAUUUUCACGGGGUGAAAUUUUGCCAUUUGAUGUAAAAAGGAUGAAGCACUGGUAAUAAGUACAGACAUCUAGUGUCGUAUAUUACCAAAUGAAAAUAAGGUUGUUUACAGUAGGACAAGUCUUUUCAUUAUAGAAAUCUGUUGGUAACAUUCAACAGUCCCCCAUAAUGCUGGGAAAGGACAUUAACUCUCACCUUUAUGUAUGCUAGUGAAGCAUCACUCAUCAAAUAACAUGAUGUUUUAAGAAAAAUUAAAGAGAUCAUACCGUACAUUUACAUGCACAGUUAAGUCGAGAUACAGUUAUAGCUCGAUUAGGCUAUUUAUUUGAACUACUGUCCUUGUCCCAGUACAAGCACGGGAGAGGAAUCGAAUUAUUGACUGAAUAUGUCAACUCUGCUAUGAUAGGUGGCGAUAUGCCCCCUUUCAGCUUGUUAGUAUUGGACCUUUUUUUGGUUUACUUACUAUGUCACAGACCAAACAGCAUAAACUGUAUCUCCUCAAUUAUCCAAAAAUGUACGGCUCUGGUUGUAGAUUUCACCAUGUUGUUACUGGCUUCUUCUGUUGCACAUUUAUUGCUUAUCGACCUUGGGUCAAAGCUCAGGGCGGAAACUGUGGAGCAUGCGCAGAGUGCCUCUGCUAGUUUGGGUCCAAUUGACUGUAUGCAUACACAAGCAAUUCGACUCCAAUCACUUUAUCUGAGUGUGUUAGUCCGACUAUAAGAAAUUCUAUUUAGUUAAAUUUCAGUCAGACUAAUAUGUUUACAUGUAUUUUAAAAGUCCGGUUUUAGUUGGACUCUCACAAUAAAUCGAUUUACCCUAAUGUCACGUAAACGUACUAAUAGAAGCUAGUCUCAGAGUUCUAAAAGGGGAUUUAUGGUUGUGCGUGGACCCUACGCACGUAGCAUACACACAUCACCUAUGCCGUUGUGAGCAGUUUUACUUCUGCAGUGGUGUGUCUGUGUCACUCUGCAGUUACACCUCCAAAACACUAGUCAGCGGCAGAGGUUUCUGUGAAGUGCUGUUAGGUUAAGUUGAUUCAAAACACACCGAAAACAUACAUUAAAUAAAAGCCUUAUGAGUUUCUUACAACUGUUUAUAAUAACAUUACAAACACAUAUAUUGAGUUUAACUUACCUACAUAUUAUGUCAUUGUUAAACCUUUACUAAGAUUUUUUGUUGCUUUAUUAAGAUUAAAACAUACUUUAUUAUGCACUUAUUAACAGUUAACUAUGCUUUUUGCAGCUACCAGAUCUAAAGUGAGAACAGUGCCUUAUUAAGCUUAAUAAAUCCUUUAUUAUGCACUUAUGAACAGUUAACUAUGCUUUUUGCAGCUCCCCAUUUUGGAAUGAGCACUACAUGUGGUCAAGGUUGAUAAAAUGUGAAGAAACAAUUGCAUAACAAUAUAACGUUUCAGCGGUGAAACAUAAAAACACACUUAAACACAGCUCUUUUGAAAAUUGUUUUUUUUUUAGUUGUCAUCAUUUAUGCAUGAAUGGCAGCCACAAAGAGAACAUUUUAUAAAAGCAGUUGACAAACAGAAAGAUUUUAAGGGGGUCCUAUUUUCAUGCAAUUUCAUAGAGAAAUAGAUAAAUUCAAGGACUUUCAAUGACCUGUGUACAGGGCUGGACUGGGACAAAACAAUGCCGACAUUUAUGUAUCUUAUUUGUACUUGCACACAUUUUAUUAAAAAUUGAAAUGAUAAAUCUUGUAGAGUGCUUUCACCAUAGGCAUUGUGUUGUCUGGGGCAUACCGCUACCGAACACAUCAAACUAACAGUGAGCCGACUUAACCUUCUUCAAGUUCAGUCAAGCGUCUCUCAUUUCACUUGAAAAGUCACAUCCUCCCCGGCGCAUGAAACAGCCCGUAGUUGGCUGACCAGGGCCGGCCCAAGCCUCCUUGGGGCCCUAAGCAAAAUUUGAUUUUGGGGCCCUCUAUUACUGCCAAUAAUAGUGAUUAUUGAUCAUUCACACACCUACUAUAACUUAUUUCAUGUUCUACUCUGUCAUUACGGAUACACUUCUAAAACAGAUGUGAGAACUUUUUGUUGUAGGUAGAUUGUAAUCCACAGUGAUUCCACAGUGAUUAAGGCCAUGGAAGCAAACUUGUAGAAAAAUCUUUCGUUUAAUAUUUGGUAAAGUCAGCAACUCCCCCUACUGGCCACACAGAGAAUCAAUACAUAAAACAUCAAAGGGCAGCCCGGCAUGUUUUACCCUAACCUGGCGUUGCCAGACCCAAUUCGCAAAACGCGUAUGGGUCUGGACACGGAGUGUACAUUUCCUCUAUGAGGGGCGGUAUCAACGGCUGUCACUCAAAGUGCCCCUUCACACAACUGGAAAGAUGGAAAACCAAUCAGAGUAAACGACACGUGUGACGUAGGCUAGCACAACGCCACUGUAAACAGACCAGCAAGCUGCUGCGGAGAUGAGCUGUGAUGAUGUCUGGGAAAGAGUGUUGCUGUCGCUGCGGAUUUCCUCCUCACUGUGGACUCCGAGUUGUAUGGCUGUGAUUCCCAGCUUGGUCGCUUCCCUGACGUGCUCCUCCAUGAGAGCAACUAGCGGAGAAAAUAGCCACUGGGUUUUCACUGAGUCCCAUAUUUUCCCGAUCAACGGAGCCAGUUGAUAAAUGAAACUUUUACCAAACCCCGUAGGAAGGACGACAAAAACAUCCUUUUUUUCAAUAAAAGCUUUCAGUGCAGCCAUUUGCUGUGCUUUUAAAGAAAAUAUACAUUCCAAUUUAUUCAACACAUUUACCAUCGCAGUUUCAAAAUCAGUAGCCAUGUUGGUUGUUUACGAAAUGCAUUCAUUCCACUCCUUGUCCCUCGUAUUCUGAUGACGUGCCCGCCCCAAAGUAAUAAACGGUUGUGAUUGGCCCGGUAAACUUUAAUCGAUGCCAGAAUGCGCCUUAAUGAUUGCAUGGCCAGACUGAUCUAUGGAGCGAAAUCAAAUAUGAGCUCACAAGAUCAGGAUGGUUUCACCAGGCUAGUAGGAAACUAUACUCUGUUAACAUAAUAUUGUCUUUUUGUACAAGAACGUACAUUUGAUAAUCAUCAUCAUUCACACAUGGAAAAAAAUAAUGAAUAACUUUUUUCUUUUUUUAAGUUAAUUGCUCUUGGGGACCCCCUAGUGGUCACGGGACCCUAAGCAGGUGCUUAGUUUGCGUAUGCCUUGGGCCGGCUCUGGCUGGGGUACAUGGAGAAAAGCCACACUGACAUGGGGAGACCAGUGUGAGAUCCACACAGAGGGGCUCAAGCCCCCAUUCUUGGUUGGAACCAGGAACCCUCUCGCUGUGAGAUUACAAUGCUACCCACUGCACCACCAUGCCGCCCCCCUUGUAUCAUGUAUAAAUGUAAGCACUUUAUACUGUGUGUUGCUUCAGGGAGUCUGACUGGUAAAGUUAAAUUCAUUAAAAUGUUUGACUAUAAAAAUGCUUGAAGUGGAACUAUUAACAUGCCACCAAAAACAAGCUACAUAAAUAAAGCUUUUAGUCUCAAUAACAUUAAUAAUGUGUUAUUUCAAUAAUUUCUGAGUAGUGCUAAAACACACCCUCACGCAAAACUACUGGAAAGUUCAGCUUCGUCAUUCUAGUUAAAUACUUCAACCACACGAGACAAAGUGUGAAACGCAUCAGAGCCUAAAGAAAAAAACGACAAAAUGUGUGACAUUUUGUUUCGCAGCAUGGCUGCUAUGAUCAAGCACUAUACAGUCACGUAGUGAAAAGAGUAAUUGUGUCUUCUACUUCUACUACUGUUAAAAUGCUAUGAUUAAUUCUACAUGGAGCAGAUUUGAGAAACUUUUCAAGACAAAGCUGUGUGAUCAUUUCACACAGCAGUCGCUAUGGUGUGUACUUUCAGGGACUGUUUGGUUGUGUUUCAAGGUGGGAUGCAUCUGCAAACUUGCAAACUUGCAGCACCUACAGAGAGCACAGUUCCAUCCUGUGACACAGGAAAACUUGUAUGUGUCUCUUGAGAUGACUGUCACUGUUUUGAAUCACUAUUUUAUUUAAGCACUAUAAUUCAGUAUGGCAUUUGUUCGACCACCACAUAUUUACAGUGUAAAACAUUCACCCCAGUUUUUGAUAUUUAUUGUUUUACCCUCAUUCACAAUGGAUACUGCACUUAAGAUUAACAGAAAAAGAAAACAAAUAUCAAACUGAUCUAAAAAAGCAGAUAGCUAGGUAUAUGAUUGCAUACUUAUUCACCCCAUGUAAAUCGUUGUUGGUGUGAGAAGUCUUUCAGAGGUCACAUAUUAACUGGAAUGAAGACCACCUGUAUGUAAUAAAGGUGUUGGAGUCGAACAUGAUUUCCUGACUGCAACGUCAAAGGUUCAGGGCAUAAGAUUUACAGGGAUUGAGUGGCCUUGGUGAAGAUUACAGAUUGCAAGCAGCUGAAACUUCAGCCGCUUAGAAUUCCCCCCGUGUUCAUUGUUCAGAAGGUUUUUACCGGGAGAUGAAUUAUCCACAGAGGUCUCUUCCACUACAGAACAAACAGACCCAGGGUUACAAACUAGUAAAAACACUGAAUCAAGCAGUUUCAUUGUACAAAUCAGUGUUUCUCUAACCCUGUUUGGUACAUCGCACACAGGCUGCUUGCUUAGCGGUGGCUAAUGUGUGCUCACCUAUUUUAUCUGAUAACUUAAUGUAUGCUCAUCUUAUUUCUGAACCAGAUGUUCAGGAGGGCUUUACGUGGAUCUGAAUCCACAGAGGACUCUUCCUCUCCAAAACAAACAGCUCAGGUGAUUAAAAGCAGUAAGAACACUGAAUAAAGCAGGCUACAAAUAAGUGUUUCUCCAGACAGUGGUUGUUUUCAGUGGGCUUCUAAUUACUCUGGCUGAUGUGAAAAUGGGAAAACCUGAAAUCAUGAAAAUGUGAAAAUGCAAAUUGCCGAAUUUGGAGGCAGUGUUUUGUUUGUCUGUUUGUCUGUUCGGGGUUACUGUAGAAACAUGGCAAUCUCCAUUUAUGAGGACCCACUCCCUAUGUAGAUAUUAACGGCUAAUUCUAUGAUAAGGAAAACACGAUUCUUAUUUUCAGGUGAUUACACACUAUAGAAAACACGCUUAUUAUAUUAUAUUAUAUUAUAUUAUAUUAUAUUAUAUUAUAUUAUAUUAUAUUCAAUUUUUGCCAAUAUAUCCCCUGAAUCCUACACACUGGACCUUUAAGAAUAUAGUUUGUAAUUAACCAGUUAAACCUAGUACGUUUCUUUAACUUAAAGACUGACUUUUCUAAGUGCCUACAUGGUCUGUUCAAUAUGAUGCAUAGCACAACUCUUCUCCCCUCUCAGAGUUCCAUGUACAAAAAAGGUAGUGCAAAAAACAGAAGUUCAUUCAAGUAGAUGAGCUCAACCACAUGAGACAUUGUGAGAAAUGCGUCAUAUGAACAAAACUGAACCAAGACUAAUGUGUGACAUUGAUGUGUGUCCUCUGCAAUGUAUUACCAAGAUCUGUUGUAGCCCCUGUUGGUACCUAUAGAAGGAAGGAGACAUUGGAGAGGUGAAAGAGGGAGGAUGAAUACAUGUGUAGAUGGUCAGUUAGGAAGAGAUGGCUGAAUGAGGAAGAGCCAUUAGAGGAAGAAAGGAGGGAGAGUGAGUUGAGAAAAGUGAGGUUAAUAUGAGAUAAUAUGUUAACCAGGUGUGAGUAGGCUUGACAGGUGAAUCGAGUCAUGGCUGAGGCGUGGCCUUUAAUUCCAAAUGUUCCAAAUCCAAAAUUAGAUGACACAUUCGGUCAGUGAAAUCAGUAAUAGCAUGAGCGCUGAACGAUCUCUGGAAAACUUUGUGUGUUUGCUACCGGGACAGGUCACCAAUCUUUCACACAACACUUACAGACUAACACAUUUACACAUACACCUUCAAAUUAAGAUCACCAAAAUGAUUACAAUUCAUUCCUUGGGGAAUAUAAAUAUCUGUACCAUUUUUAAUCUCAUGAUUGUCAUGACAUUUCUGGCUAAAUAAAAUCCACCCAACAGGGUGAAAGUUCAGCUCUGCUGCUAUCAAUGGCAGGCCAGGCUAAAGCUACAGAUAGUAGAAUAUCCUUAAAUAAUUAGAGCCCAUAUAUCACUUCGACCUAGAUUCUGACAUGUUUGUUGACAAGUCUUUUGUAUAUUGAUACCCAGUGCUAAUGUGAACAGCCUAGAGUAGAGGCCCUGUGUUGUGUUAUUUGUUAACUGGCUUACAACUAAUUGAACAGCUGAAACCGGCAGAACUGCUCUAGAGUUGGUCCUCAUAGAGUCUGAAGUUUCAACUUGUGUUCUUCUUGCCAACAUGUUCUCAUCACAACUUGUCAAAUACUGCUGCUUUGUCAGUGGACCUAACACGUCAGGAAAUAAAUGCAUACAAUCUUUUACUAAAUAAACUUACAAUGUAUAUAAAAAUUGAUUGUUUUUAGGUUCUAUUCCUUAACGUUUAGGCGACAAAAGCACGUGGUUGGGUAAGAAAUUUUUUUUAAAAAAAAUCUUGGUUUGACUUAAAUAAUUACGGCUGUUACUAGUGUGGUUUAUGUGACAUACCUCACCAGUGUAGUAUGCCAUGCAUACUUGCACACUAUGCAGACUUUCUCAGCCCUAUACUACGAUGGUGGCCCAUGGCGUCAGAAACAGCCGCUGCCUGGUGUGUGUCAUUCUGCUGCCAAGGGUGUCACUCAGGCGCGCCGCCAGACACUUUUCACCGGGGCACGUGCCUCAGUAAACAUACGCUGUGCCCCUGUAUAAAUUCCCAAUCAAAUUCCUAAAUAAGCCUAUUUUUGUUUCAUUACUGAAUAUCUGUAUUCAUUACUGAAUAUCCGUAGGGCUAUACUAUGACUGAUGUGUCAAGGAAGAAUAGCAUGGGCACAAUUGCUUCCUACUUCGACCACGUAGUAGGGCCGGCGCCGCAUAUCAAAGAGUGGAGAGGUUGCACUUGCAGGCAUUGUGUGCGUCUGUGCAUAUUCAGUGAAUGAAACAUGCAGGAAGCCUGGAGUUGGAAGGCAAGCUGCUGUGGCCUGCGGUGCAAAUUUAUCAGCGGACUGUAGCCCACACAUGUUGUCAAGUAAAGCCGAAAUGUAUAUAAUGUAUAUAAUACCACUGCACACUGAUGGAUCAUCAUGGACAUAAGGAAAUUCUUUUUGCAGAACAGAGGAGGCAGGCUAGUUUAAAAAGCUACCCAAUCAGGGGAAUACCUUUUCAGACCAUAUCAGUUACUCUUAAUUUAAGAUUUUGACUUUUUUUUGGUAACAUUCCCUCUUGUAAAAGGAUUUCUUGAUUGCAUUUACUAUGCUACAGUAAGAUUGAAAAGUUCAUAAGCUGGACUGAAAUAUUGUUAUUAUUUGCAUAUAUGUUAUUUUGUAUCUGUUGAUUUGUAAGAUUGUAAGACUAUGUAAAUCACUUUUUUGGGAAAUAUUCCCUCUUGUAAAAGGCUUACUUGAUUAUGUUUGGUAUGCUACAGAAGGAGGAACUGAAAGGCUCAAUGGCUGAACUCAGAAGUUUUUUUAUUUGCUUACAGAUGUAGCUCUGUUAAACCUGUUAAAGGUUGAUGCAAAUAUAAAUAAAUGUUCUCAAACAUCCAGUACAGGCUAACUUUCUGUAUGUUAUACGUCUUACCAUAGUGCUUUUGUCAGUUUGAGUGGCAUUUAUAAUUAGUAAGGCAGUAUUGUAAAUCUAUGUGUGUGUGUGUGUGUGUGUGUGUGUGUGUGUGUGUGUGUGUGUGUGUGUAUGUGUGUGUGUGUGUGGGUGUGUGUGUGUGGAAGGGGGGGUUGGCUUCUGACUGGGGGCCUGUGCCCCUGCACAGCUGUAUGCCUAGCAAUGCCCCUGGUGCCACUGUGCGUCAGUGUCUGAUGCCAAGGCCAACGGACACAGCAGCGAUAUUUGAGGAGUUGGGACGUGCCCGGAAAACUUCCAACGGGGGGCACCCUGGAGGCAUCCUAAUCAGAUGCCUGAACCACCUAAAGUGGCCUCUAUUGAUGUGAAGGAGCAGCGGCUCUACACCGACAUCCCUCUGGAUGUCUGAGCUCCUCAACCUAUCUCUACGGCUAAGCCCAGCCAACUUUCAUAGGAAACUUUUUUUCUGGCACCUGUUUACGCAAUCUCAUUCUUUCGGUCACUACCCAAAGCUCAUGAUCACAGGUGAGGGUUAGGCAUAAAUUAGCCAGUAAAUUGAAAACUUUGCCUUCUGGCUCAGCUCUGUUUUCACCACACCAUAGUCCAGUGCAGUGCCUGCAUCACUGCAGAUGUUGUGCCUAACUGCUUGUCCAUCUCAUGCUCCAUUUUACCCUUAUUGGUGAACAAGACCCCAAGAUACUUAAACUCCUUUGCCUGGGGCAGUAACUCUCUCCCAUCCUCAGAGGGGGCAAUCCACUGUUUUCCGUCAGAGAACCAUGGCCUCAGACCUGGAAGUGCUUACUCUUAUCCCAAUACCCAUCUGCUGUCUUAGGAAGCCUGCUUAGUAGAAAACACCAGAAUAUAUAUCUUGUAUCGCCAGUCAGCCUGAAAAUAUGAAUUUUUGUCCAUAUCGCCCAGCCCUACUUCUGACCACAACUUUUAGUAUCUGCCUCCACAAUAGAGGCUUUGUACAUGGCCUACUUGGAUUCUGUGUCCCCAGCCUCCCCCAGGAUGCAUGAAAAGUUCUUCUGGAGGUGGGAGGUGAAGAUCUUGUAAACAGGGACCUCAACUAGAUGGUCCCAGUUCACCUUCACUACUCUUUUGGGUUUAGAAGGUCUGUCUGGCAGCCUCCUCUGCCAUCAGAUCCAACUUACUACCAGUUGGUGAUCAGUUGACAGCUCUUGAUCCUAGGGUGUUCUAGUACUAAGUGCACUUAUGAACCGCCCUAUGCUCAAACAUGGUGUUUGUUAUGGCCAAUCCAAGAAGUCCAGUAACACACUGCUGGAGUUCAGAUCAGGUAGGCUGUUCCUCCCAGUCCCCCCUUACAGGUUCCUCCAUUAUUGCUCAUGUGAGUGUUGAACUACAGGGUUCCUAGUCAGUAUCAUCAAGAUGGCUGGGUACUCUGAACUGCACUUUGGUGAAUAAGCACAACAAACAGUCAGGGCUUCCCUCUCAGUGACUCACAGUCACAUUAAAGCGACCCGCUCAUUUCCUGGGGAGGACUCCAAAACAACGGUGCUCACCUGGAGUUAAAUUCUCACCUCGGAUUAAUUCUUUUUUUUUUUUUAAUCAAUAAGCAAUAUUUGUAGCUUGAACUUGAAAUGUAGGUGACUCUAUUAAUAUAGCAUAUUUCAUUACAGGUCAACUAAAUUGUGCCUAACAUUAAAGUGCAUACAACAAGUGACAUGGAAAUAUAUUUAAUAAAAUGCAAGAAGAACCACCCAGUCUUCCAAAGACACUGACAUACCACAGAACCAUCCCACAAUCACUCACACACACACACACACACACACACACACACACACACACACACACAAAUGCAGAUGAUUAAAUCUAAAAUGUAUGAGAAUCACGUUGGUGCUCAAGACUCCACCUCCAAAUCAAUUCUAUAAGACAGGUCAGACAUUGUGAGCUACUGAACACAGUUUGAUGUCAACAGCCACGGUAAGAGCCGAUUUGAUUGAGUAAUUGCUUCUAUUACUCAGUCAUUUGCUUAGUGACAUCCAAUUUACAUUGAAAUUUUUGAUUCCAAAUUUUCAUUGUUUAACUGAUUCUGUGCCUCUGCCUUUUACCUUCUGUUGCUUUUUAUUUUCUUUUGUACAGAUGGCCAGGCUGUGGCAUCUCAUGUUCCUGUGCUGGGCAUGGACUCCUCUGUGUCUGCUGUCCAGUGUAAGCUUCAGAGGUACACCACAGGAGUGUGAAAAGGCUCCCUUUGUCCCUGGUUACAAUCUGGGAGGAGAGGGCUUCGACAUCGUCACAAUGAAACGGAAAGGUGCCUAUGUCAUCGACACUGAAACAUGGAAGCUUGGCAAUGGCACAUGCAGGCUAUUCAGCAACAGCUACAUGAACCGAGAGAGCCAGAAGGUACCAGUUGCCGUGGUGGACUGGAGAACCCUCCCUAAGUGCAGUUUGAAGGUCUCCGGUGUACUCUAUGAUUCUGUCGAAGCUCUUGUCAAUGAUUCCACCUCGGCUGUGUCCAAUGAUUGGAAAGUUGGCCUUGAAAUCCCUGUAGACCCAUCUGUCACUCUUGGUGUUGGCUUUGGAGGUUCCCACUCCAAAGAAUCUAUCUUUGGCAUGCAGAAGUCCAAACAAGACCGCUACACCUUCUCUGGCCAUUCUGUCUACUGUAACUACUACCGCUACAGACUGGCAACAAAACCUCCACUGAGUCAUGAUUUUGAAUCAGCUGUGAACUCCCUUCCUUCCUAUUCAUGCAAAACAUUGUCAUUAUAUCGCAACCUGAUUGACACUUAUGGUACACAUUACAUCACACAAGUGUCGCUAGGAGGGCAAAUAAAAGCAAUUACUCCCAUCAGGACCUGCGUGGCAACCAUGAAUGGACUGACAGCAACAGAAGUCAAUGACUGUCUGUCAGUGGAGGCCUCUGCUAGCUUUGCAAGCACUGCCAGCAUUAAGGCCAUGUGCCAGCACUGUCAGGAAAAGAAGAAGAAGUUAGGCCUCACCCAAGAUUUCUGCACCAUGUUUAAUGAGCGUAACACGGAGGUCAUUGGCGGAUACAUUAACGGUGCUGAUAUCCUCUUUGAAGGCCGAUCAAACCCAUCGGUCUAUAACAGCUGGCUUGGAUCACUGAAAACCACACCUGAUGUGGUCCAAUACAACCUAAAGCCACUGCACACCAUACUCCCAAGUGCUCAUCCUGCCAGGGCCGGACUGAAGCAAGAGGUGGAGAAGUACAUCAAGAAAAAUGCAGUGUUGAAAAAAUGCUCAGAAACCUGUAAGAUUGGGCAAAGAUCCAAUAAAAGGGAUCCUUGUGCUUGUGUUUGCAACAGUGAUCAGAAUAUCAAGUCAAACUGCUGUCCUGCUGGGAAAGGUCUUGCUACAUUAAAGGUUUUCAGGCUCUAUGCACAAGGGUUGUAUGGUGAUAGAUGGACUCAGACAGAUGGUUCAGUUGAGGUGAGAUACAGAGAUCAGGUAAAGCGCACUGCCAUCAUCAGUAACAACGACAAUCCCACAUGGUCGGAGAAAUUUGAAUUUGGACCCAUCGUCAUUAAUAUGAGAGACAAACUUACGUUCCGUGUUUAUGAUGAGGAUACCUACUGGAAUAGUGAUCUACUUGGUGAGUGUUCAUUUGAUCUGCAUAGAGGGAAAGUGAGUGACAGCUGUAUGUUUGACUAUGGUACCUUCUUCUUCUCCUACAUAGUAGAAUGUGCACCAAGUCUCGGUGGACACAAAUGUCAAGAAUACAUGCCCUCCCCCAUGAGUCCCUCUUUGGCCAAGGUCUUCCACACCAGAAAUGGGGUCCUUCUUGGAGACCUGGGGAAGAGGUAUGCUAAGUCACUCAGUCAGUCAUGUUAAGGUCAGCUGUUGACAUAAGAUGUGGUUAUGAAACAAUAACAAUUUUCUGAUGAUCAUGCAAGUAGUUAAUGGCAUCUUUCACUGUUACUCUUUCUUUGUUUGACUUUGGUAAAAAGUUAAUCUUAAAAUGUAAUCCAAAACUUUGUCUGUAAAAAUUGAUGUUUGAUCAUCUAUCUUUUCUGCUGCUUCUUUAUCAUUUGUUAAAAACUCUGCCAUUAAAGCAUCGACAAAGACAACAGCAGUGUCUGCCUGAUUUUAUGUGGUGAAUGUUUCUACUGUGUAAUUUAGUGGUUAACGUGUAAGGAUUAGGGUUAGGAGGUUAGGGUCGGGGGGCUAGGGUUAAGUUUCGGGUUUACUAAAUGCAGCCACACAUAUAGACUUUCCAACCUUGUGUGUUCAACUUUGUAAAAAAAGAAAAAAAAAAUAGAU